AUGAUCAGAAAGGAUGAUAAACCACUGCAACAAAUUAUUCGUAGAGUUGAAGAAAUUAAAACAAAUUAUAAAGGUACCAAGUGCAAUUGUGAAUUAAGUGACACUUGGAUUUAUAAGAAACAACAUUACAGUGGUCCUUUACCAAUUAAUAUGUCAAAUCCUCAGUAUUUAUCUAUUACUUGCAGUUAUUUUACAAUAAUUGCAAAAGAUCAAAAAAACUGUUGUGUUUUUUUAAAAAACAAAGAAAUAGUUUUGACUGAUAAUAUUGUAUUUAAUAAAGAUUCAAGUUCAUAUUUCUUGGUUGGACAUUCAUUUUUAAUUAAACAAGAUCUAUAUUUAAAACCUUGUGCUUCUAGUUUAUUGGACAUAUAUUCAGUGUCACAAUUAUCAGAACAAAAUACUUGGCCUAUUUCUAUGAUAAAUAAAAAGAUGUUUUUUUAUGAAAUUCCAAAUAAAAAUGGAUGGUAUGCAACUUUUCCUUUAUUGCAUUCUGACAGAACAGAAGUGUCUAGUAUUCAAUAA